AUGUCCUUCAAGAUUUUGAUCUCAAUGUUCUUCCUCUUGUUGGUUCUCUUGGCUCCUCCUCCCAGUUUAAUCCAAAGCAACUUUGAAGGGCUUGUUGUGGCUGCCAUAAGGCCAUUGGAGCCAAUUCCGUCAAAUUCAAACCCUUCAAAUUAUGUGCCUGUUAAAGCUUAUAAAAAGGGCCAUGGUGGUGCUGCAAAUGGUUUUGGAAGUCACAUUGUGGAGAGUUGCUUGCCGAAAGGUUCUCGUCGCUCCUCUGCCCCUAGCCACUAUGCGAACGGCCAGACAUUCGGCUCAGAACUGUGUUCUUCAAGCAAGCGCAUGAAUAGGCCAUGA